CCUACUGUUACCAUGGUCACCUAGAGACGCUUUUCUCUGGAGCAGGCACAGUAAAGAUCACCAAAACACCUCCAGCAUUUGCAGCAUAACAAAAACCUGGUAAACACAAGACCCCUGACUGAGGCUGGAGCUGAUGUCCACAGGGAACAGUUACUAUCGGUGUUACAUCACGAUCGACAUUAAGAACAAUGGUGGACAGAAAAUGGGAUAGAGGAAAGUCGAUUGUCAAUGGACAGCACAUGAGAGCCACGAGGUACCAAAUGGAUACAGAAUAUCAGGUCUAUUUACGUCACCAGGAGCAGGAGAGGGAGAAGGCUGAGUAUGUAAGAGAGAAACAAGCUGCAUUAAAACCUGGCUCUCAACAUGGCAGAUCUAUCUACUCGGCUCGAAGUUAUAACAAGCCUUGGCAGACUGGGAUGACCACAAAAGAACAGAUUCCUGGGAGGCUGGGAGAUGAAAAUGGCCACAUGAAACAUCAAUACACCAGCGCUGUGUGCAAACUACCCUCUAUAAAAAAGGACAAAGAACCCAUAAGAAAGAAAGCUGUAUUGCGUUCUAGUACUGUCAACAAAACACAGAACUCAAAUACAGUUUCUCAACCACCUAUUACUGUGGAAAAGAAAAGAGUACAUGCACGUCAGCCUUCCUCGAAGUCCAAUGUCACACAUUUUAAUAAUGCCACGGGAAGGAGAGAGUGGCAAAAAAAAAUUAAGGAGCCAAGGAAGCAGGAGAUUAAAAAACACAGAUUUACAGAACAAGAGAAAGAAAACACAACUGUAAACCAAUCCCCUUGUUUGGAACAGAACACGAGAAGUCACAACAACCAGCAUGAUCAAGUUUCAGCCACCACCUCUGCACCAUUACUUGAUGAUCUACAAACCAUCUCAGAACCAAUGAAUUUCAGGCAGUCUCCAAUCUACACAAGUGAUGAUAGCUUUAAUAGAAUUCCAGAAAUAAACACUGAAGAUGAUAUAGAAAAUGGAGAGUCAAGUAAUAAUGAUGAACAUGAUGAUAUUGUUUAUCUUUCUGAAAGUGUAAGUAGUGUGCCUUUGCCUCUGGGACCCCAGUCUUAUGGUACACCACUCACUGAUCACAGUAAUUGGAGAAACCACGUUUUAGAGUUGGAUGAGGAAGCCAGCAGUGACAGUGAAACUGAGGAGUUUCCAGUCAUACGCAGACUAAACCAUGACUUCAAUGCAGAGACUACCAUAAACAGGUUGGAUAUUACAACAAGUUCUGUGAGAAAUCCCAACAAUCUGCCACCCUUAACAUCACCUAGAAGUUUGGGAUUAAGGAUGACACUUCAACAUGUUGAUGACAGUUCCCAAAAUAAUGCUCCAGUUUCUUUUCUUAAUUUGAGGGAUAUUGAACUUCGAAGGAUCGGUGUUGCAAUAGCACCCCAAACUCAAGAACAUACCAGGCAAUCUCAUGUGGCAGAGACCGCACUACCCCAACUCCAUGAUAUCAACUCAAAUACCAGGAAUGUGCAGAACCAUGAGUAUCAUUCUAAUCCCCAAACAACUUUUAGAACAGAAGAGAGAAGAAACGGAACUACAUCUAGCAGUGAAGUCUCUUCCAGAUUGCAUGUUGCUACUCUAAGACCCAGCCUGUCUUCCACAGCACCCACCUUUACACUUCUGCAUGAGAACCUUGAUUUGAUUGCUCAAACAAUCUCCAUGCGGAGACAGUCUGAAAGGAUUAUCAACAUGACACCAGAAAAAGAGAAUGUAAAGCCAAAACCAGACCCUGAGAAGCUUAAAAAAAUUCAGGAAAGUUUACUAGAAGAAGACUCAGAAGACGAAGGGGAUCUGUGCAGGAUCUGUUUUACAGGAGACACAACCCCAGAAAACCAACUUGUAGCACCUUGCAGAUGUAAAGGGAGCUUGAUGUAUGUGCACAAAGAAUGCAUGAAUAAAUGGCUGCUCAGUAAAAUUGAAUCUGGAGCUGCACUGAGUGCUGUAAAAACCUGUGAGAUGUGCAAACAAAACAUGGAGCAUAAUUUUGAAGAAUUCGAUGUGGAUGAGCACUACAGAAGACAUCAGGAAACUCAGGCCACCCUAAACCCAAGCCUUUACCUGGUCUUACUGCUUAAUUUGUAUCAGCAGCGGUAUGAAGACCUGCUGAGAUUAUCAAACACUCGAGACCGGGUAAGUGAGAUUUCGAGACGAUUUUCCAAUCUGAGCUUACACAGGCGUGAAAAUUCUGGAGAAGAUAACCAGGACACCUAAAACUGAAAUUAGGCUGUAAAGCUAUACAAAAAGUAUUUGGUGUGAAGAUGUUACAGAAUCAUAACUGGUCAUCAUCUGCAAUUCAUUCCAACAUGGACCACUACAUGGACAAGCUCCCACACUUUAAUGGCAGAUUUACUUCACGCCUAAUAGAUAAAAAAACUGUAUGUGUUGAUCAAAUAAAAAAAAAAAAACCAUUAUGG